AUGCAUUAUGCGGUGGCUGAGGUCCGAAGAGGGAGAAACUCCAACGAUUGCGGCUAUCUAAACGGUACUCUGCCUCUUAGCGAGAACAUCCGUUUUCUAUCACACGGCCCAUCAACCAAAUUCCCUCGCCUUCAUGAUGCCGAGAUGCAGUUCUGGGCCUUUUCCGAAUGUCGCCCUUUGAUUGAAGCCCUUGUUAUGAACGGGGGUUCAUCCGUGGAGUCUGGCGUCAGUAGUCUUGUCGGCGGCAUCAUGACGAUUCAAGAUCGAUACAACGAGGCAUUGUCCAAGAAAUACAAUACUCCGCCGGUCAACUUCGAACCCAAUGAUUCUACGAUUGAGCGUCUUAAUCCAGCUCUGGGCCCUGAUGACGAAGCGCUUGGCACCCGGUCAAUCGGAGCCAUCGGCUUACAUAUUGGUGCAGCCAUUAUAUUCUGUCUCGUUGGCAUCAUAGCCCUUGUUACUUUGGGUGUUCGGAUAUGGGUAGGUCCGCCUUCGCUCACCUCAUGGAUCGCACAGCAUAUCCACUUGUCACAAAUGGGCGUUUUGUCGUUAGAGGAUGACCAGAAGACCCUAGAAAACCCUUACCUAGCUGCUCCUCAUGAUCUUUGGAGGCUUCACACGAAAGGGUACCGUGAAGUAGAAGACUCGGAAACAUCUGAUACAGAGCUGGACGAAAUGCAUAUGCCGCCGCAGAGGCCUCACUCGUUUAAUGGAACCUAG